GGUAACGGCCGUUGGAAGAGGAAGCAAAAGAGGCCGCCUCCGUCGCGUGCUCACCGCUUGACUGGUGCGGACCAGUCGUCGUUCAAGGCACCCCGCACGCUCCCUCCCCGGCAGCGUAAGGGCAGGCAGCCGCGUCUCCCUACCCGUCGGGGGCAGCCCCCCUCAGCGUCAGAGGCGUCGAGCGUGCGGACUGCUUUGCCGACGACGCCCGUCUGGAGUGGUUAGCCACACCGGUUGUACGGUGCGGACCAUAGACCGAACCCGGACCUAGGAGAGCAGCCUGCAUCAUGAGCAACACGCGCGUCAAGAAGAAAGGCGAGAAAACGGUGGUCUACAUGGACGGCCAGCAGCUUCAGGGCUCCGGGUCCAACAUCAUGAUCUCGUGCGGUCCGGGAGCGUCGCAGUCUCGCGGCACCGUCUAUCAGAUGCCCAACUCGUUGUACGACGGCGGCACCGCGGGCAUAGUGUCGUGCAUGGGCAGCGGCGGCUCGAGCUGCCGCACCACCGUGUCCCUGGAGAACAUGAACAAAGAGCCGCAGAUCCUGCGCGUCGUACCGCGUGGCACCACCAUACUCGUGGAGGAGGUCAAGCCGCCGCCCAAGGCGCAGGACUCCGGCAGCGCGGCAGGCGGCCGCUCCAAGUACGGUGCCUCCAGGAAGGGAUCGCCGACCAUUCAGGUCCUGCAAGAGUGCGAGUCUUCGGUCGACUACUACCCGCCUUGCACGCCGCCGGCUUCCGAGCCGGGACCGGCCGAGCACUGCAUCGAGUGUCUCGAGGAGCUCAUCCAGCGCCGCCGCUCCGUGCGUCGUUACGACCGCGACGGCCAGACCGAGAUGCGGGUCACGACUCGGUUCGUGGACGAGGACCAGAUACCCAGAUCCCGAGGCGGUGGCUGCUGCCCCACCUGCGGCAACCCGAUGCCCAGGCGCGCACGUGAUUAGUGACGUUCUGCGCACGCAGGCCGCUCGUCGCAGCGAUUUCGCGGGGCGCCUGGGCGUCAUCGUCUGCAAAAUCGUCUGCGUCGACGUCACUGGUUCUGAGCCGUGUGCAAAGCCGGGGACAGGCUGCCGUUGGCGCCGUCUUUUCUAGAGCAGGCCGGUCGUCUUCCUCUGAGGUCUAGGGCAUCGCGCCGAUGGAUGAGCCGGUUUUCCUCAAAGAAAAUUUUGAAAAAGAAAAUUCGCAGCUUUGGUUUAUCUCAA